CGUGACGCAUCCAUGUCAAGCAUAACAAGACCUUACCUGAAAAAUUCUUCAUGAAAUACUUAUGAUUAAUAUCGCUGUCUGAGCUCACAACCAACGUAGAGAGAUGUGAAGACGUGUUGAGGAGUUCUUAUUUAUGAAAUGGCGGAUGUGUUAUCGACUAGCCUGGAUCCCCUGACUACGGGGAGCCCGACCAUUACCACUCCUUCACCACCACCACCACCAACAACCACCACUACAACCACCACUACCACCACUGCUCCUGACAACACCACCACCACACAACCACCAUUCGAGAAGGAUGGCUUCUGCAAGUUGAUCUUGUACAUGGAGAUAGGAGACUCCAGAGUUCGUGUGUGGGACUUAUUGCUGCUCCUGCCAACACUUUUAUUUCUCAUUGGUCUCCUUCUCAAGAUAAACAGUGCGAGGCCAGUUGCGUGCCGUGCACAGCCCUAUAUAUGCAACAUUUUAUGGCCUGAUUUGGCUCAACACAUUGAUAUCUGUGGCAAGAUGUGUUGUGUCAAUGACCGUGUCCAGCUACUCCCUCAGGAGACGUUGCCAACAAGUUACUGUACGUUAUUGUACGUUUCUUCCUGCUGGCCACUGAGAUGUCACUUGGACAACAAGACCAGUAUCAGGCGGGUGCUUGUUGUAACCUCCAUGAUCGCCCUGCCAUACUCUGUGGUACAAGGAGCUCUGGAGGUGCUCACUCCUGACCAUGACUUUGAUGUCCCCAGCAAGGACUAUGAGCUGUUUGGUCAUGGUGGCUCACUUUUCUGGCUCAUCUCCUCCAUUUUCUUCACACUGAUCUACUCAUUCAUCUUGGUGUUAAGACUUGAUUGGUUGAGGAAGCUCUCUUUCUCCUCUGGAUGCCGAUACAUGAUUAAGUCUCUAAAUUCCAAGAGAUGUCUCCCAGUACUCUGUUGUCUCUCACUGCCUCCCAUUCCUGUGUCUCCACCAGUCCAUUUGAAACGUGCAUUCUAUGUGUACCUGGGGUUCUUGGCCGUGCUGAACCUGAUCCAGAGCAUUGGCAGCGGUCUGUAUCAUGUCCGCAUGGCUGCAGGACUCUGCCUCGUCAACGCAACGACCUGGACCUACUUCUCUCUCCUCGCUCCUCUAAUCUACUAUACUUUUAUAUCGGAAUUCUUUGGACAGAAGAGUCGUGAACAGGUAGAGAAUAUUGUUUUCUCUUAUAAAUCAGAAGAUGAUGAUGAUACCAGCUCAUUGCCCCUUCCAGGCACUGAAUUCCCUCAGCAGAAUAUAUAUCAGUCAAACAGUGCUCCUUACAGCAGCUUGUCAGAAGAGGUGGUUGGUGAUGGCCAGACCCCAGUUAACCCUCUUUACACCGCUUCCCUCCAGAGUCCAGACUCCAUCACUGGUUACUCCAUCAACUCCGUCGAUGAUAUUACCAUCAAUGCAUACAACAAACACAGUGAAUUGGUAAUGAUAAGACUAGAUGAGGAAGUUCUGUACAAUAAAAAAGAACAAUAACAAAAGAUGCAGCCAAAUAAAUAAAUAAAUAAAUAAAAAGUAUAUUUCAUCUCUGAGGUUUUGUGACAUGUUGGUAGUUACCUUUGUUUUUUGUUUUUUCUUGGAAUGAUUUUAUACGAUUCAGUAGUAGCAGGAACGCCCCCCACCCAAUAAAACAUCAACAACAUCAUCGCCAUGACUAGAGUUACUUACUGAGGUUUUAUAUAUUUUUUAAUAAUACUUGUGGAUAGUUUGGAUCUAUUUUGAUAUUUAACCGCAGUUGUGUGUAAACAUGUACUACAACUGUACCAUAUAGCUGAAUUUUGUUGCAUGACCCAAACCCCCCCCCCCACCCCCCUCCCCCUCCUCUACACUUGUUAUCGAUUAUUAGUUCUGUAAUAUAUUGUACACUCGAGCAUAUUGUAAUAUAUACACCCCGCCCAACAUACUGUAAUAUAUACACUGCAUCAUAUUGUAAUAUAUACUACAGCAUAAUCCUGAGUAUAGACGAUGAUCCAACUUUGUGAAAAUCGAGAAUAAAGGCUUGAUCAUGUUAGUAUACAGUAUGUGUCUGUGUGUUUAUGUAUGUAUUUGUGUGUAUGUGUGAGUGUGUAUGUGUGUGUGUGUAUGGUGUGUUUGGGUAUGGUGUGUGUAUAUACAGUACAGGUGUUUCCAAGUAUACAGUACAGGAGUACAGUAUAUGUGUUUGUGUGUAUGUUAUGUUUGUGUAUGUGUGUGUAUAUCAGUGAAGCAAUGUACUGUAAUGCUGAGAGGAUGACAUUGAUGAGUCUCGUACAGUUCUUAAAACAUUCCUGAACAUAACAAAAGAGGAAAUACUGUACCUGUGCUUUAUAUCAGAUUCUUUUAAUAGUUUAAUCAUGUAGAAUCUCAAGUAGAAUUAUCUCUCUAGAACCAAACAUUAUUCCCUAUACUAUUUAUUUUUUGUUUCUUUUGCAAUGUAUGAAAGAAGAGAAUUGUUCCAGUCUUUGAAAAUUCACAUGACCUGGAGAUUAGCCCAUACUUAAUUUACCGUCUCUAACCUAACCCAACCCAACCUUAUUUCACCAUUGAUACUUAGUAAGCUAAGCACAGAGAAGUACCAGUAUGCAGAGAUGGAAGUAUAGUUUAAGGAAUGAUUGUUUUGCUUGGACUACCAGUACAUUAGUUCCAGCUUGCUGACAUAGAUCUUCAUUUGGUUUAUGUGGUGUGGCUGAGAACCUUAUUGUGUGUUAUAAAACCAUUGGUAAGAUGGGAGUUGUCAGGGAAUCUCGAAAGAGUCUUGUAAAUAUUUUAUAUACUUUAUAGCUGUAAUGUUGUUGAAUGUAACAGGACUCGUCACCAAAAUAUAUUGUUACCAGCAGCCAGUAGCCCUCACACACAUUGAGUUGACCUGAGCUGAGUGUAAAUAGCCUUCUUAGGACAGGUUUGGUUAGGUUAGGUCAGUUAGGAUUGAGGGGAGAUAUAUAUUUAAUUGAUGGAUGAUGAUUAUUGUUAGUGAUGUAAGGUUUCGUGGGUGGUGAGAGUCCAUAUUAACCCGUCAGAGUGUGUGGUGGUUAUGAGACACUUCAGUGAUGCAGAGUUAUGGCAUGAUGUUCAUUGUAUAUCUUUUAUUGGUGAAAAUAUGUGACUGUCACAAACAUACAACAGCACAACACAAAGCUCACAGUGAUAGUUUUUGUCUCUUCAACUUCUUUUUUGAGGUUUAAUAUCAUAGAAAAGUAUUUGAAAAUAUUGUCAGACUUUAUACAUACCAAAAUUCUUGCUCCUUUUUUUAAGUCUACAAUACUGUACUGUACUUGGUUCAUGCCAUGGAUUAGUUUAUCUUGAAGAAAUUACUGUAGUUGUAGAUAUAUUUUAUGGUUUGUUGUCGCCUAAGAUACAGGAAUUGAUAGCCAGAAAUAUUUCCUACUACAGUAAAGGUAUUUUAGCAGUGUGAUGGUGAUGAUGAUGUGUUAUUUAUGCUACAUUCCAACUAUGUGUAUAGGAGGUAUUUAAGGAGCCUGGUUGUGCGAUACCAAAGAGGGGCAGACUCGUGCAGACUUUACUCUCUAUGUUCUGUACUGUCACAUAGUAUAACGAUGGAAAACUUUUUUUGUAUGUUGAUAACUGAUAAUGAAGGACAAAGACCUAAAUGCCUGCUGUCUUAUUAAUUGAGAAGUUUUUAUACUGUACUUGUAUGAUGGGGUUCUGCACUGCCUGAUAGCUUAUGAACAACACACGGAAUCACUUUAGUUUGACAUUUUAUGUGAUUACACAUGCCUGUAAAUACAUACUGUACAUGCAACCUCCCCAACACACACACACACACACACACACAUGUAUGUGCGUGCAUCAAGACCCCAGUGGAGAGGCAAUUUAUUGGAUACCAGGUGUUGUGGUCCUCAGCGUUAUCAGUGUAGUUGAGUGUACGUACUGUAUGUGGUAUUCACAUGAAACAAUAACUGUCCAGUACUGUUCAAGGGAUAUUAAAGAUACAAUGUAAUAGUUAUUUAAUGUAAUGAAAAAUCCAAUGUAUAUUAUAUUGUAAUAUUAAUUUGUACUCCACAGAACUAAAUGAAUAAAUGACACAUUUACACAUGAGUGAUCAUGGUAUUGCAUGGGUGAGCAGGUGUACAGGCUACCUUAUAGUACAGUAUUAGUGUGUAUGUAGUAUUGAUAGCUGUGAUGACCGAGUAGUCACCACCUGUCGUAAGGGUAAUGGGUUUGUGCGAAGGUCACCCCAAGUCCACCAAGCUGUGAAUGCAUACAGUGUACCUAAAUUUACUGUUUGGAAAAUUAAAGCAGUCGAGUACAGUACUGGCCACACUGACCUUCUAGUGUAUUUUCUUUCUUCAAUUUUAAAGGGAGAUGUAAAACUCAAGUGUAAAUGGUUAUUACUGUACCCUGUAUAACAAUAUCUAGCUACAAUACAGUAUGAAUAUUUGUACCACAGAAGAGAAGAAAUUAAACACGUAUCAUAACAUUAUGUGGCCACAACUUUAUUCACUUUGGUUAAAGUAAAGUAGUUGAGGGUUCAGAGGAUUGGGGGAGGGAGUACUGUAGUAGCCUGGAGGUGCACUGCUCUCCUGGGGCUGGCAACAUUGACUUUUUUAUGUAUAAUUUUCAUUGACUAGUUCCUGACGUUUUUCAGAGAUGUCAGGUGCUACUGUGUAUGUGUGUAUAUGUGUGUGUGUGUGUGUGUGUGCAUGCGUGUGCGUGUGUGUGUGUUUACUUAUGGUAAAUAGUGAAGCGGAUGGAUAUACAGAAGAUAUAAAAGAGUACCUGUAUUUGUGUGGUGUGUGAGGCAGGGAUUAGUUACUAAUGAACCUGUCCACUUGUUUGGUUGUAGGAACUGUUUUAAAACACUAUACUGGACAGGUAUAUAUAAAAAAAUGAUAAUACUUUCCCUGAUAUUUGAAGUAGGGAUAGGUAAUUAUAUUCUUUAGUUCCAUUUAACAUCUCAAAAUGCUAUAAUAUCUUGACACAGAAAUUUAAGAGUGGUUACCCAACACUCUGUAUCAACUGAUGUAGCUUCCUUAAUUUAUCCUUCCCGGUAACAAACAAACCAAGUAGUGUUUACCUCGAGUUACUCCACACCAAAGAAACCCUGCGUACAAUCAAAUUCUUCCAUCGCAUAGGGGGAAAAAUUUCGAUUUUUUUUGUAAUCAUAUGGUAAACAGAACCAUGGUGCAUAAAACAGCUUUCAGCAAUGGUUGGUUGAUUGUUGGUUUACAGUAUUUACAAUUUCAUAAAAAGCAUUCUUCAUGACUUCCAACCUUUUUUUCAAGGCAUGUUAGGUUCCAUCUUUGUAUAUAAUGUGGUCAUCAUGUUACCCCCAUUACUUUAUCACACAUUUAACUGUAUGGCAAGUAAAUAUUUAUACAGUUUCUGAACCAUUCAUUUUACUUGAUUUUUAUAAACUGUACUGUAUACUUGAUGCCUUGAUAUUAAACAUCUUCUGAAGUCUUAUGCUGUGACGUAUUUAUAUGAGCCGUUAUUUUCAAUGCUGUUAAAGAAUAGAUUAUGUGUUGCCUGAGCUAUUAUGCUGUACGUUGCUAAACUUGUAAAAUUAAUUAGUGAAGUGUCCAUUGAACGAGACGUCUUGUGUCCAAGUGUCUUCUGUUAUUGGACUUGAGACCCAUCAUGUUUUUCUCUUUGUCUCUAUCAUGUUUCCUUCUUUAUUUCCAUCAUUUUGUGUAUUUUUCAUUUAAACAGACAACCACAGCCUUUAAUGGUGAGUACAACCCCAUACUCUUCUAUAUAGUACCUUUCUUUGUGCUCUCACCGUGUAAAAGAUUUAACGUGAAGGUGUAAAAGAAAGUGCAGUAUAUACAAGGGGUUUACUGUGCUUCAUCUCUUCACUUCCUCUAUUAUUUAGCCUUUCAGUACAUUUUGUUUCUCAUUAACCUAUUUUUGGUGUUUAUGUUUUGAUGUUUGUAUUAUAAAUAAUCCAGGAAAUUGUGUGCGUAAUGGAUUUAUCAGGACUAGGUAGAUUUGACAUAACUUUGAGCAGUAGCUGUUACUAUCUCCCAUGCCAGACUGCCCACGAGCCACGGGUUUCUGUGUCUGGAAUUUUUCGAACAAACACAAUAUUUAAAUGAGUAACUUUUGUAUUGUCUCAGUUUUAUCGAGAUGAUGUGCUUGAUCCAAAUUGUUAUUCAUGAGUAAUUUUGUCAAGCGUGGUCAGAAUUUUCCUGCAUGACCAAACUGACUCAUCUUUGCUCUACUUUUUUAUACAAGCAUAUGUGUGAUAAUCCUUUAGAGAGGCAUUUAUGAAGCAGUAUUCUUAUUAUUUUUCUGUGAGGUUGUCUUUUGUUUGGUAAUUCUUGUUUUUUUUUUCUGAUGUAUAACCCAUAUAUUUUUACUUGAAUAUUGAUAAUGGGUUAAGGAGGCCCCACUCUUAAUAGCCCCGGGUGUUUGUAUGCCUUGACCUUACCUCACCGUAUGACAUACUGUACUGUAUAAUGUUGUAUACUCACACACACACACACACAUCCUCAAAACUAACUAAGGAACCUGUAUAAGUUGUAUGUUUAGAUUUAGUAAGUUUAAAAGCAAUUAUAAACAUAAAUGUAAAAAUAUGCCAAAUUACAGGAAAUAUAAUACAAAACAUAUAUUUUUUUAACAAGGAAAAGUGCAAGGAGAGAGACCACACAAGUUUCUUUGAUCAGAUUUCUUCAACGAGGAGUUCUCUUCUUCACACUGUAAUUUCUUAAUCCACCUUUGUGAUUAUGCUGUACUUAGGAGCCUAGUCAUGUACCGACACUUGUCUUCACACCUGCUAUCAAAGACAUAAUACCUUAAUGUUUAGUUUAAUUUAGUGUUUGUAUUGUUUUUAAAAUGAGCAUUAAAAAUAAGUAGAAACCGGCAUUACGGCGUAUGUGUUUUUUGUGUGUUGCCUCGGCUUAUUUCUCAGUUUUGUGUUAAGUGAAUCAAGGGGCAGAAAAGCCUAAAAAAUAGGAGAAUAAAUGCUAAAUAAGUGUACAAAGUAAUAAAGACAAAGACAGCAAGUGGAAAACACUCCACUCAAACACUUGCUCAUACACUUGAUGUACACAGUAUGUAGUGUACUCAGUGGCUCAGGUCUCCCUCAGACAUUCACUACACUCAUCACAACUCACUGUAUUUAUGAAGUAGAGUCGUCCGGCAUUAAAUAAUUAUGUGAUGGUAAAUGAAAAGCAAAAUACAUAAGGUGCAUCCCACUAGAACUGUGUUCCUCUCCUCUGUUCACCACUUACAAUAUAGAGUAAUUAUUGAUCUUGUUGUUAGACAUAUUAAUUUAAUUUGUUCAGACCAUUAUAAUGCAGGGUGGCUAGAAUCAGUUUUGUUGUAUAUGUCUGCUUCAACAACUAAGAUCUGUAAGCAUGUGCCUGUGUUCCAAGUUAGUUUAUGCGAUAUUAAUGAGUUAAAAGACUAGCAAAUGUAAAUAUUCCUGCUUAAUGGAAACAAGAGUAAAUACUGUAGUACUCUCAUCUUUUUUGGUAGAGAUGGUGGAUACAGGAAGGUUGGGUUAUGAGUCCCAGCCUUCCAGACUAGGAGGGGGACAAGUCAAGCUCUGUAUAUUGAUGUGUUGUCUCUCCUUCAGCACUGCACGACACAACACUUCAGAAAAUAAAUUCCAUGACAUUGUUUCUAAGUCUGAUAUAUAUAUUUAUAUAUAUAUAUAUAUAUAUAUAUAUAUAUAUAUAUAUAUAUAUAUAUAUAUAUAUAUAUAUAUAUAUAUAUAUAUAUAUAUAUAUAUAUAUAUAUAUAUAUAUAUAUAUAUAAUUUUUUUUUGAGAGUUGGAUUGAUUCAAAUUUUACCCACACUUGGCCAGUUAUAGAAUCUAUAAAAUGCUCUCCUAUCUCAAGUUUCUGUAAUUCUUAAGAUACUGUAUUGUUGAAUACUGUAUAUUAUACUGUAUUUCUAAAGUGUUAUACUAAAAUUUCCAUCUGUAUAUCUGCCUGUCCAUUCAGCUACCUAUCUCUCUAUCUCUUGGUUUAUCUGUCUAUGUAUCCACUUUGUUAUAUUCCUUACUAAAUGGAGUGAAACUUCCACUCACAACUGACCGUGGAAAUGUGAUAAAUAUUUCCCCAAUUAUGAUGUAGUUAUUUGUGUUAUUACCGGUUGUUGUUUGACAUAUAUAUUUUGUAGUACAGUAACAUAAACUCAUGAACUCUGAACCAUUUUUCACGCACUCAGAGAUCUGUCAGGACCAAAGGCAACCAUUUCUCAGUUUCUGUUACGUAUAAAUGUGGUCGUUUCUCAAGGCGUGUUCAGUUCACUAAACCUCUUCCACAGUAGUGCAAAGUCCAUCCUCGUGAGACAGUGCAAAGUCCAACCUUGUGAAUAAGCGUGAAGUCCAUUUUUUUUUGUGGGUCCUUGUAAAGUCCAGUUUCAAGAGCAUUUAUGACAGUCCACUUUGUGAGUCCUGGAGCAUAUGAGCAUCAUUUUACUGUUAACUUAAAGACUAUGACGGUUAUCAUUACAAAGGAAAUAAAAGUCUAACCUUAUGUGGAAAUUUAAUGAGAACGUAACAUUUUUGUGAUUAAAAUAUUUGGACUUUUUUUUUUUUUAAGUUUUCCAGGACAUGAUUUAAAGUGCUCAAAGAAUAGAGGACUGAUGAGUACAUUGUCACUCCAAUGUGUGUCGGCCUCCCACUUGGAAUGAUAUAAUCAGGGAUGUACUGUAUACAUUACAGUAUUUGUUUGGUGACAAUUGGUGUCUUUGCCACGAGUAGAUGAGCUUUGCAGUAGUUCUGGCGGCUUAUACUGUAUCACCUUGUGUUUUGGUAGAGGUUUGUCGGGUUGGAGAAACUGUGUAAAGUUAUUGUUUACUCUCCUUAACCUGACUCAUUCCAUAAGUUUAUUUUUGUUUCUGCUUUUUUUUUUUGGUCAGUAAUCAACAUUUUCUGAAUCAACAUAUACCUUGCCAGUGUUCUUAUAAUGCAGCUUGAAAGGUUAUGUAUAUGUAAACAUACAGGUAUAUAUAUAUAAAUUUAUAUACUAUAUAUAUACUGGACAGUAUAUAUAUUUGAGUAUAAGAAGUGUUGAGAAUUGAAACAUAAAACUGUUUACAGUUUCAAUACAUAACCACAAUGUGAUGUAUAUAUUUAUGUAUUGUUAAGUACUUUCUAUACAUUUAUUUCUUAUUCUUAAAAUGAAAAAGCAAAUUUAAUUAGCUUCAUUUAGUACUUGUCUUGUGAAAGACAUGUUUUGAAAUUAUUUAUCUGACAUGUAGAAUAAAAAUGCUUUCAAA